CAGUUUUCCAAAACAAAAAACAAAGCGAUUAUUAUUCUUGAGAAUAGUAACGAAUCAUCGAUCGUCUCAAGCUUAGUAUUGUCCAAUAUUUCAGAGACAGGGUUUCUAAUAUAUCGAGUGAUUAAAGAUUACAACUCUUCUGUGUAUAAUGAUAACAAAUACAAAGUUGCUAAGGAUAUACACAUCAGUAAAUGGAGUACUCUAUUUUUGACUGGAUUCCGACGAUUUCCAGAAAUAUGUACAGAGGCUUCAUACGUUCCAUGUGCUGGAAAGUACAGAUGUUUGUCUAGUAAGCAAUGUAUACCACUUCAACAAGUCUGUGAUGGUGUCAUCCAUUGCAGAAAUGGGGACGACGAACGUCUUUGUAAGACUGUGUGCCCUCCGAAAUGCAAUUGUAUCGGCUAUGUAAUCAAUUGUAGGGCGGCCAACAUAUCUAUGGCUGAUAUUUCAUCAUUGACAACACAGGCUAUGAGUGCUGAUUUAAGUAAAAAUCUGGAAAUAAAAGAAAUACGCAAAGAUCAGUUAAACUUUCCCUAUAUGUUACGACUUAAUAUUUCGUCGUGUGACAUUGAUAAUAUGCAUAGAAAGGCUUUCUAUCAUUUGCACAAUUUAAUAUCAUUAGAUCUUAGCAACAAUAGAAUACAACGGUUACGUCAUAUGAUAUUUAGUAAUCUUCGUAAUCUAACACACUUGAAUCUUGAUAGGAACACGGAAUUGACUCGCAUUUCAUCGACUGCUUUUAAAAAUUUAGAAUCAGUAAGAAGUUUAAAAAUUUCAGGCACAAAGCUAAAAAAGAUUAUCUCACUAACGUUCUCUGGCUUACAGUUGGACAGUUUAGAUAUUUCCCACAACAAAAUUGAAGAUAUUGAAGAUUAUGCCUUCAACAAUUCUAUUGUUGGUAAGAUAAAUUUUGAAGGCAACAAUGUGAUAAAAUUCGGAAAGUUUAUGUUCAACGGCGUUUUAUCACUUCGUGAGCUUCGUACACCUGCAUUUAAAUUCUGUUGUAUCCGUCCUUGUUAUUUGCCUGAAAAAGAUUGCAAACCAUUGAAGAAUGAAUUUUCCUCGUGUGAAGAUCUGAUGAGAAAUUCUGUCCUCCAAGCAGUUCUCUGGCUAGUUGGUGUAUCUUCUUUGUGUGGAAACAUAUCGUCAAUCAUCUACCGUCUUGUCUACGAUCGUGAAAGGCUUAAGAUUGGUUAUGGCAUAUUUGUAACUAAUCUUGCAGUUGCAGAUUUUCUGAUGGGGGUAUACCUGAUCAUGAUAGCUGUUGCUGAUUCACUUUAUAGAAACAGAUAUAUUUUUAUGGAUGAUCAAUGGAGAAACAGUAAAUGGUGUGUCACAGCCGGGGUUUUGUCGACACUUUCGUCUGAAGCAAGCGUUUUCUUUCUUUGCUUGAUCACAUUAGACCGACUCUUAGUAAUCAAGUUUCCCUUCGGCAGAGUCAGGUUUGGACCUAUGAAGGCGUAUAUCUGUAGCGGAAUGUGCUGGCUUAUUUCCAUAACCUUAUCGAUCAUUCCAGUUCUGUACACUAGUCAUUUUCAAAACAAAUUCUACUCUAAAACAGGAGUUUGUAUUGCAUUGCCUUUAACACGAGAUAAACCUCCAGGAUGGGUAUAUUCUGUGUCAAUCUUUGUUGGACUUAAUUUCUGCACUUUUAUUCUUGUUGCCAUAGGACAAGUUUCAAUAUUUACAGAACUUCGACGAUCCACAUCAGUUAUGAAGAAGACAGAGAAGUCCAGAAAACGUGAUUUAAGAGUUGCUAGAAAUCUUAUUCUCGUUGCAACAACUGACUUCCUAUGUUGGUUUCCAAUAGGUGUGAUGGGUAUUUUAGCAUUGAAUGGAUUUUCGAUUUCAAGUGAUGUUUAUGCAUGGUCAGCCGUUUUCAUAUUACCUAUUAACUCUGCCCUCAACCCGUUUUUAUAUACAGUGACAGCAAUAAUCGGGAAGAAGAGUUUUAAUCCAAGUCUCGAUGAGCAGAGUAGAACGUUGGUGCAGAAAGAAAUUGGCUCCGCCAUUCUAGAAUACCAGACAUUCAGCAGAUCUGUGCGGAUGAAACGAGAACUUGUACCAAAAGGAAUGACUCGCAGUAUUCAAGAAAUACUUUAUGACGACAGCUGUUUGUCUCUCAACUUUGUUACAACCAUUUCCAAACAACUUGUCGAUUAUCUGCGUCUAUUACACGAGUCUUUUAUUGCAAUAGACAAGAUAUGUGAGACAAACAUUUACAUUAAAUAUGAUAAAACAAAGAUGAACAAACCAAUUGUUGUAAUCGAUGCAAAAGUCUCGUUAACUGCCGACGAAAAAGCACAUCAGGAAAAUAUCCGCCAAUAUGGAAACCUUCUUCGAAAACUUAUUCUAAAAUGUAAAAAUGGCGUGAAGUAGUAGGAAAAAAAAGAAAGAACAGCUAAACAAAUCAAAAUUGCAAUCUGUUUAUACUAUAGACUACAUGUAUGUGAAAAUGAAUGACAGAUCGUGUAAUCUUUACCGUUUAGGUACUUCCUCCUGAAUCAAAAAUGAUGUUUGGUUUUUAUAACUUUUAUAACUUUAUGUCGAUUCUUGGGUAAGUGUAUAUUGUUAGUGAACUAUUGAAAAUCGAGUAAGUUUGCAUUUUGCCAAAAUUCCUUUCACCUUUGCAAUGAAUGAAAAAAAGCUGACAUGGAAAUUACAUCACUAUAACAAUAUUUAUUGGUAUCUACCUUUAACGUUCAAUUUAUAGAAAUACGAGGGACAUUUUAUACUUUAUGCAGCUUUAUAACUCUAUUAUAUCCUUAUAAUAUUUUCAAUUAUCAACAGUUGGUCUCAAUUUUUAAAUAUAUUGUCAAACCAGCAAAAUAUAUAAAAAAAAACAAGAUCAACAAGGAAGAGUGGCGUUCAUUGAACGUAUCACUUAACAAUGAAAAGAAAUGAGCAUAAUGUCACUUCAAACGAGACUUGCGAAGGUGUGAUACACAAAGCAUAAGAAACAAAAUCAAUGUCUUUAAGUUUACAGCGUUAAGUAUUAAUAAACUAGUACUAUAAAUUAUAUGCAAAAUCGUAGUACAAAUAUGAAGCUUGUCCCUUUUAACGUGUUAUUUUUUACUUUAUGAUUAAUUUUGAAAUUAAAGUGACACUUUUAUCGUUUAACUGUAAUUGCCUUAAACAUCUUUAUACAUAUAUGUCCAAGACCAUAUUUCAUAUAGGACCAAGUCCAUACUAUUUCAUGUUGUUGUUUUUGUUGUUGUUGUUUUUGUAUUAUUGUUGGUGUUGGUGUUGUUGUUAUUCUUUAAUUCAUUUAUUUAUUAAAAAGCGUGUUCCACUAUUUUUGGACAUUCAUUUGCCAAUUAUACUGGACAGGUGUAUUUACUUAUUGAACAUGUAUCACAACUAAGGAAGAAACAGUGAUGUUGAACUAAACAUGUGUUACAUGCCCGCUUUUAUAAAAAUUGCCAUUAAGUAUCUUCACGUUGUCCAUUUUGUUGUUAUUUUUUAGUGUUUUUAUUAAAAGUUGUGACCAACAUUCUUUAAAUGAUUGAUUAUGAUAUUUUUUUAAACUAAUUCUGUAUAUUAAAUGUUGUCAUAAAUGUGUCAAUGUUGUUUACAUAGAUUCUAAUAUUUCAAACAUAUUUGUCUUUAAUCGUGUCAAAUUGUGUUAGCACAGUUAUUUGCAAAAUUUUUCAUUACUAUUUUGUGAGGAGAGCGGUGACCUGGUGUUAAAGCAGCAUGCCUCCAGAAUAUCAUGCUAAUAUUCAUAUAAAAAGGUUGAAAAGUAUUUAAAAUUAAAAUGUUGUGAAGUAACCAAAAGGAAGCGAUUUACACAUUACAAACAGCACUCACGACCCAUUUAAAUUACCAAAAUGUAGUCAAAAUAUUCAAAAAUAGCUUUCACUGCGUUAGUAACAUGUAAAUUAUUACUUAAAUCUUGAUUUUUUCCCCUUUUCAUAAAAUCCAAGUACAUUAUUCUCAGGUUUAAUUUUAUUGAACUAUUUUGGCUCAUCAGGAGGCAUGCAUGCAGCUUUCAAGGUUUUGCGUUCGGAACCAUGGGUUUUAGCCAUACUCGUGUCAUAAUUAACCAUGUUUCCUCAUAUACUGGUUUCCUCAUAUACAGAACUGGUAACUUUCAAAAAGUGGACCCAAAUAUGCUUCAAAUAAGAUUAAAGUUUUCAUCAUCAUUGAGCUAAAAAAUGUGUUAAAUUGAAUAUUUACUGAAAUUUUGUCACAAAUGUAUUUUGUGUACUGAGCUAUAACUAAAAAUUAAUGUGUUGGUGGUGUAUUUUAAUAGAUAUUUGGAGUAAUAGAUGUAAUCCUAAUUCAUGUUAUAUUCUAGAUGUUUUAGUAAUUAGUUUGAACUUUAACAGAAAUAGAAAUGACUGUUUAUUGACUUCACUUAUAGCUGCAAACUUUGCAAUUUUUCAAGUCCUUUUGAGUAUUUCAUUACAGGAUUUGCAGACUGAAAAAAAUCGGUGCUGGAAGGCAUUGUGAGAAAAUUCAUAUUUUAUCUUCUGUUCUAAACAAACUUUAUCAAAUUGAAUAUUCUAGAAU